AAUCUUAAACCAGAAUAUCAAUGUUGGCGUUUUGAGGGAGUCGAUACCGGUGUGGAUGGAUACAUUGGAGAAAUAGCAAUCAGAAUGACACCACAUUUUCAUCAUGGAUUUGAAGGCUUAAGCUUUUGAGUUUUUUCUUUUCCACUUAUUUUUUGUUCAAUCUACACUCUUUUAUUUAAUGUUGGAUUUUAAUUAACAUCGGAAACAUCAUAAUAUUCUCUCAUUCAAGUAAGAUGUCACGGGUGUCCAUAGUAGUAUUUCAAAUUCUAAGACCGUUUUGAAGAAGAAAAAAAAAAAAAAAAGGUAAAAGGAUCGGUUGAUUAAUGAAUUAAGUCUGAAUUAAAUAAAUAGGCGUGGGUAUUAUUCCAUUCCCGCCAAAUAACCUUGUAUCACCAUCAAUGGAGGGAGAGAAUGCGUUGAACUUGCUUCGAAGCAGAAUCUGCGAUACUGGAUUCAUCUUCAAAGACUCUUCAGAUACCAAUUACAGCAAGCUCAAAUUCAUGAUAUCAACUUCCGUCGCUGAAGCAUGCAACAAUUCUAUUCUUCUUCUCGGUCCCCGUGGCUCCGGCAAGCUUGCGGUUUUGGAUCUAGUUCUUCAAGAUUUGUUGAUUCAAUAUCCAGACUCCAUUUCAGUGGUUAGGUUGAAUGGGCUUUUACAUUGUGAUGAUAUCUCUGCAUUCAAGGAAAUAGCUAGGCAGUUAUGCAUGGAGCAUCAAUUGCUAUUCUCUAAAGCGGCAUCAUUUGAUGACAACUCCCAAUUUAUGGUAGCCGUGCUAAAGGAAUGUGGAUUAGCACAUAAAACUGUAAUUUUUAUUUUGGAUGAGUUUGACCUAUUUGCUCAGGGUAAACAACGGUUACUUUAUAGCUUGCUAGAUGCAAUGCAAUCAGUAUCAUCACAAGCUGUAGUACUAGGCAUUAGCUGCCGCCUGGAUGCAGAUCAGCUAUUGGAGAAAAGAGUACGAUCUCGUUUUUCACACAGAAAGCUGUUGUUCUUACCACCUUCAAUAGAAGAUUCACAAAGAUUAUUGGUGCAUAUGCUGACAUUACCAAUAGAUUCAAGCCUUCCAUAUGAUUAUGCUGUUGAAUUUAAUAAAAAGGUUCAAAAUAUUAUAGAAGACAAAAGGUUCAAAGAAAUCUUCAAUAAAUUAUUGAACUUUGACUCCUCUGUCAAGCAUUUGUUGAAGUUCCUAUUCUAUGCAGUCUCUCAUAUGGAUUUGCAGACUGGGUUUCUGUCCCGGGAAAACUUUGAAACUGCAUUUACAAACAUCCAGAGACAGCCCAAACUGGAAUGUUUAAAAAAUUGCUCCGUAUUAGAACUUUAUAUUUUGGUAAGCAUGAAGAGAUUGGAAGUUAAAGAGAAAAGUUUGUGUAACUUCAAUGCAGUAAUGAAAGAGUAUAAAAACAUACAUGAUUCUUUCCAGACUUCUGAUUACUAUGCAAGGAAUGUCUGUUUAAGGGCGUUUGAACACCUUCUACACCGUGAACUGUUAUGUUUCACAGACAAUAGAGGACAUAGUUUAUCUGUUGAAUUUCGUCCUGUAAAGCUCUUAAUUUCAUCUGCUGAACUGCAUCAGGGACUAAAGGCAUAUCAGUCAUGCCCUGCUAUCCUUCAAAAGUUAGUAGAACGUGACGGCUGAAGACCACAACUGUUUGCUGCCUCACAUUGGUCGACACUUUUCCUUGAUUACCAAAGUUAAUAUAUAUGGAAUGAAUAUGAUUCCAAAUUUUGAUAAGAUCAACUUGUUUGUGAACUGUAAUUUGUUUAGUCAACACUUUUCCUUGAUUAUAAAUUCAUAAUUGAUGUACGUCAGUACGUGUAUAUGUUCAUACUCUCGUGUAUUGCCAAGUUAUGCCAUCAAAAUUAUUUAGCUAGAUA